CUUUUUUGUAGGAAAUAAAAGACAAAGUAUAACUCAAGGGCUUGGUGCAAUAAGUUGCAUACUAAGGAGGAAUUCUGAAUGUAAAAAAUGUCCCAUUUUUGUGAGCUGAAAGAUGAACUUGGAGGUUAUGAUAGAUUAAGGUGUUUGUUUAAUCAAGUUGUUACAUAUUUCUUGAAAGGAGUGUAUGUAAAUAAAGAUGUAAUUAGGCCCAAACUUGUUGAUGGUGUGGAAGUUGAUUUGUUUACACUGUUUUGGGUGGUAAGAAAAAACGGGGAUUACGAGUUGGUUUCGAAAAAUGAGUUGUGGGAAAAUGUUGCUGAGGAAUGUGGGUUAGAUAAUACACAUGUGGGAUCUUUGAAAUCGAUAUAUAUCAAGUAUUUAAAAGAGUUAGAUCAAUGGUUGAGCCAUGAAGGGUUCAAAGAUACUACAGCGGAGCUUAAUGUUUUUGAGAAGUUGGAUUUGUUGUUUCGUGAGUUAAGAGCGUUUAACUAUGAUAUGUCUUGUGUUGGCUUUGAAACCGAUAAAAAGGGGAAGUGUGUUGUUGUAGGCCCUAGUGAUGAUAGAGGUGUUGAAAGCUCAAUGGAAUGUGAUGACAAGACAAAUCUUGAUAUGCCGAAAAGUGGAUUGGGGUCUUUAAGAGUCAAUAAUGCCAAUGUAAACGAUGAAAAGUUUGUUGGUUUGGAUCUUAAUUUGGCUCUAACUGAAAUGGGGUUUCCGAGAAUCGAUAAUGUCAAUCAAAACUAUGAAUUUGGAGAUCUGGAUCUUAACUUGUCUCUAACUGAUUUGGGGUUUUCAGGAAACGAUAAUGUUGAUGACAACAAUAAAAUUGGUGGUUUGGGUCUUGAGAUAGCUAAAACUGAAUCCUCAUCUUCAAGAACUAAGAAUAUGGAUGAUAAAGUUGAAGAAUUUGGUAAUUUGGAUGUGAAAAGAACAGAGUUAUCACCUGAGAUUGUUAUAAAAAAGGUGGAUGUACCAAGGAUCGACGAUAGUGAUGACACAAGAGUUGAUGACAAAAGAGCUCUGCUAUGUCCUACGAAUGUACCUACAUUUCAGUUUGGCAGUAAUGAUCUCACCUAUAUAAGUGAUAAUGACAAUAAUACUGUUAUCUUGGCCAAGACUAUUGUCAAUAACGUAGUUAGUUCUAUUAAGAGGAAAAAGGAAGAAUCUUUAUCAUUAUCGAAAAUGCUAAAUUGGCUAGCAAAUGCUGCAAGAGAUCCACACGAUAUCACGAUAAGAAGGAUACCAAUUAGUUCCAAGUGGAAGAAAUAUAAGGACACUGAAGUGUGGAAGCAAGCUCUGGUGGUAAAAGAGACACUUUUUGCAAAACGGAAUGCUGAUUCUGGCAAUAAUGUGUAUCACUCGCAGAAGAAUAGACAAAUGAUGCAUCCUUCAAUGUACGAAGAUGAUAAAGUUCCUAAUAUUCGCAUGGCUUCUAAAAGGAUAAGAUGCAGCCAGAGGGCUUCUGUAAAAUCAUGUUCUUGUCCAGGCUGUAAAUCUUGUUCAUCUUCGCGAAACAAACGUGCCAGAAAAUGCACACAGAUCUUGGAGACUAUUGAGACCCAAGAUGACAUGUGUGAAGAUCUCGAAACAGAGAGGGAUAUCAUAGCAGCCCAAGUGCCCGAAUGGACUGGUAGUAUUUCUGACAGUAAUCCUAAGUGGCUAGGUUCUCGGAUGUGGCCCCCACCUGAGGAUAAAAAUGGAAAGCAUGAAAUGGAUAUUGCAGUAAUCGGAAAAGGAAGACCAAGUUCAUGUAUGUGUCUGAUUCCCGGGUCUGAUGAUUGUGUGAAGUAUCAUAUUGCAGAGAGUAGGGUGAAAAUUCAACACACACUCGGUCAGCUUUUUUAUAAAUGGAAGUUUGACCGUAUGGGAGAGAAAGCUACUGUUUCGGCGUGGAAUCUAGAAGAAGAAACCAAAUUCAAAAGUUUGGUAAUCAAAGCAAGGCAAGAAUUAACUGAUAGAAGCAAGUCAAGACAUGAAAUUAUGAGAAAUUUCUGGAGAAGAGCUUCCGAGUCCAUCCCUUCCAAACCAAAAGGCAUGUUGGUAAGCUAUUACUUCAACGUCUUUGUUCUAAGGCGAAGAAGUUACCAAAAUCGCAUCAUGCCCGAGCAUAUAGACAGUGAUGAUGAUGAACAAGAGGUGGGGUAUGAAAAUAGCCAUGAUGCUCUUUUCAACGUAUAAAUGGAAACAAUGACGAACGAGUCCGGUUUGUUGAAGAUGUUUUUGGGUAUAUGAAUCAGUAUCAUGCUUUGUUGUUAAGUUCUACAGGCAUGAACCUUGAAUGUUGAUAUAUAGUGUAGUUUGUUUAUAUCGAUAGUUUGCAAACCCCUGUAUGUUGACCAAUUUUGGAAUGUGUAGAAUGGCAUCAAGUGUAACCGGUUCUUCGUUUUA